UUCCAAUCACUAAGCACGGAGACAUGUAAGAGGACCGAAGACUGCGUGAACUUGGGUACGCACACAAGCCGCUCAAGCCAAUUGCUGGCCAUCUGUUGUAAAAAUCGCAUGAGCGGCUCCACAAAGAAUGGAAGAACUCACGGUGUCGAUGCUAGCCCAUGGAGGACGCCAAGCGCUUUGGUUUCCCCGACGCUAGUCUCAACAGAAGUUUUCUCAACCAUUAUUCACACUUUAAAAAGCGCGUGAUUCCGGGAAUUCAACGGAUCCGAGCCUAAAGUUCCCACGUUCCAUGCCCCCACCAAAUCCAAAUCACAGACUUCGCUGAGCCUUACAGCAGAGCUUUGGGAGAGAGGAGCUUUAAUAGUCGUUAUGCCUGCAGUUCCUGGCCCGCGAGGGGAUCCCUCCUUUGGCGAUUCCAGAAGUCCAUUUUCCGAAAAAUCCCUGCGAGCUUAUGUGAGGGCGUCGAAAUCAUUUGACAACUUAAUUGCGCUCGCAAAUGAUCGAGAGCGAUGGGACAAUAUGAAAGCCGGCGCUAAGAAAGUCAUGUGGAGAGAUGUUGGGGAACCACCAAUACCAAUCGACAAUUUCCAGGAAUGCCUUGAGCAUGCUCUGAGGGGUGGCAUAAGAGCCGGCCUUCUGGCAGGCGCUAUCCGCGCAGGCGUGAAUAUUUUCCUCCUGCUUUUCAAAAUAUUGCGGAAACCCAAGUCGUUUCGCACACCAUUGGUCCUUCGGGCUCUAUUUGGCACUGACACCCUGCGUUUCGGCGCAAUGCUUGCGUCUUUCGCUUUCAUUUACAAGUUCAUUCUUAAUGCUCUUCCCCUCACCCCUGUUCCUGACCGGCUCGUCAUCCUCCGGUCUAAGAAAAAAUUACUCGAUAUGGAAGCCACCCUUGAGACCCCGGACGACAAUCUCAGCACAGGCCAGCAGACGCCUCUCACUAUCCAUUCAAAAAAGCAUCCGGAAUCCAAGAGAGGUCAUCUAAGUCUUCACAGCGAGAUAGUGUAUUCAAGAUUAGAUGGCGCAAGGUGGCACGCCGUGCUUGCCGGCGCUUUGGCUGGGCUGAGCGUUCUAUGGGAAAAGAAAUCACGGAGGAUAACGAUCGCCCAGCAGAUUUUCGUCCGCGGUCUUCAAGGGGUUUGGAAUGCUUGGAGCCCACGGCUGGGCAUUGAAAUGCCUUUCGGCCCGGUGAUAGUAUUUUCUCUUGCCUGUGGACAAAUUAUGUAUGCUUUCCUUCUUCGACCGGAAACCAUACCACAGUCGUAUAAUGACUGGAUAUUGAGAGCAUCGAAAGUAUGGCCAGAAACAAUGGAAAUAAACCGUGAACUCGUUCGGAAUGGUAAAUUUGAUCUUCCUAAAUUCAAGACUCUCUUGAGCCGACCAGGUAAUACUAAACGGAACCAAGAGGCUCUCAAUAAUAUAUGGGAACAUGCAGUGAAAGGCGAUUUCAUGGGACGUCAGAAUGGCACAUGCCAGAUGAUCCAUCCUUGGCUCGAUAGUUGCAUCCGGGUUGAGAUAGAGCGCUUCGUGUCCGUGUGGACAUGGAUGUUCCCCAUAUACGGUGCUCUUCAUUUCAUUCCAAUGAUCUUGUUCAAGCGAAGACUUUUCAUGAAAGAACCACUCGCUAUGCUGCUGAAGAGCCUGAAAGGGACGAUGCGAAGCUCUACUUUCCUAGGGAUCUUCGUAAAUAUUUAUCAAUCGAUAUUAUGUGCAAAGAAUAAGCUAUAUGACUCACAAUGGGCUGCAAACAAUCUGAGCCCUCAGAUGCGUUCCGUCCUGAUAUCUCGCUUUUCAUUCUGGCUCCUUGGUGCAAUGUGUGCCCUGGCUCUUUUCAUCGAGGAAUCGCGGCGACGUGCCGAGUUGGCAAUGUAUGUUCUUCCCAAAGGGCUUGAAAGCGCAUGGAGUAUGAUGCGCAACCGUGGAUAUGUCCCAUUUAUACCCUGGGGAGAGAGUGUUCUGAGCGCUGUCGCCAUGGGCAUGGUAAUGAGCACUUAUCAGAAUGAUCCCCACCAUCUCUCUGGACUUGUUCGCCGCGUUCUCUAUCAGUUCAUUGGCCCAAAUUAGAUCGCCUCCCGCCCCAUAAACAUUGACAGUCGUACACUCCCGUGAUUCUCAACCACAUUAUUGCUCCAUGCGCACGGAACCCGAGGGUGCGGCAAUGGGUAACGGCGUAGCUAUUCUUAUUGCUUAGUCUUCGUUUCCGCUUAAUUCAUUGGUAGAUUAUGGCGGUAAUUAGUCCGUCUAGGUGCUGAUGGACGACUUCGAGGUUCCGAGUCGAAAGUCAUCUUUGAACAUUUUUUUGCUCUUCUGAUCGCAUGAUAUGUAUGGUAGACAUUCACGGUCGUCCCAGUUCCGUGCUGCGGAAUUGCCGCUUGAGGAUGGAUUAAUGUGAGAUAUGUAGGCCGUGAUCCACUCGUUUCAG